UUCACAUUUCCGUUCACACAUUAUACCGAACAUCUUCGCGGCAACCCCUCCAAUUCCUUCCUUUUCAUGUAUACAAGUAUGAAGUUUCCUUUCCUCCAAUGCAGAUUCCGGGUAGUCUAUUUCUACUUGAUUAUAUAUUCGCGUAACCCAGAAUUUCUAACAAAUGAGUUGUAGCAACAACCAGCCAACUAAUAACGGCCGCCGGCGGCAGAAGUUCGAUAGCGUCACCGAACACGUUUCUGGCCGCCGGGAGGGGAGCAGCGAGGUUGCAGAGGACGACAAGCACGCGGUCGCGAAAACCCGUGAGGUGGAAGAGAUUCUGACGUCGCUGCUGUUACUUGAGGAGCAAGAAAAGGACGAGCAGGAAGCUUCGUACAUGGAAUACCUCGACGACAUAGCGCUUCUAGAAGAGAACCUCCGGAAGAGGAAUUGCGCGAUGCGGGAGUAUCUUUCCUACGUCCAGCACAACGACGACGCCGUCGAUCUGAUCGACGGGACUAGGAAGAGGAGAGUAAACGGCAACUCCUCCGCUGCGGCGGCGGAGAUUGCGGUGGCGGCGGCCUCCAACGACCAACAGACGGACCCCAUCAACAGGGGCGAAAAAACCCAGACCGUUCUGCCGCAGAGGAGGCUGUGGGUCAAGGAGCGCUCCCAGGAUUGGUGGGACCAAUGCAGCAGUCUGGAUUUCCCGGAGGAAGAAUUCAAGAAAGCCUUCCGAAUGGGGAAAGAGACAUUCGAGAUGAUAUGCAGUGAGCUAAGCUCUGUGGUGGCAAAGGAGAACACCACUCUGAGAGUUGCCGUCCCUGUGAAGCAAAGAGUGGCAGUCUGCAUAUGGAGAUUAGCCACAGGGGAACCACUCCGGCUAGUCUCUAAGAAGUUCGGAUUAGGCAUUUCCACUUGCCAUAAACUCGUUCUUGAGGUCUGUAAUGCAAUCAAAGACGUUUUGCUGCCUAAAUACAUCCAAUGGCCGGACGAGGUGAGAAUGAGAGGCAUAAAAGACGAAUACGAGAGUAUUUCCGGGAUCCCAAACGUCAUAGGUUCGGUGUAUACCACUCAUAUACCCAUCAUUGCUCCUAAGAUCAGCGUAGCGGCUUAUUUCAACAAGAGGCACACAUAUAGGAACCAGAAAACAUCCUACUCUAUCACGGUCCAAGGGGUGGUUGACCCAAAAGGCGUGUUCACUGAAGUGUGCAUUGGAUGGCCAGGAUCAAUGUCCGAUGAUCAGGUGUUGGAGAAAUCUGCCGUAUACCGGCAUGCUAAUGAUGGGUUGUUGAGUGGCAAUUGGAUAGUUGGGAACUCGAGCUACCCUUUAAUGGAUUGGAUUCUUGUUCCCUACACGCAUCAGAAUCUGACAUGGACACAGCAUGCUCUCAAUGAGAAGGUUGGGGAGAUUCAGGGUGUGGCUAAGGAUGCUUUUGCAAGGUUGAAAGGGAGAUGGGCUUGUCUGCAGAAGAGAACUGAGAUUAAGCUCGUGGAUUUGCCUGCUGUGCUCGGGGCGUGCUGCGUGUUGCAUAAUAUAUGCGAAGUCAGGAACGAAGGGUUCGAUCCAGCAAAUCAGUUUGAGCUGGUCGAUGAUGAGGUGGUUCCGGAGGUUCAGAUCAGGUCAUCUGGUGCAAGGAUUGCUAGGGAUACCAUUGCUCAUAAUCUCCUUCACCAUAACCAUGCUGGCACUUCUUUCCUGUCUUGAUAUGAUCAAAUGGCACAAUUUAGCAUUUUACCUCUUGCGAAUCCG